GCGAAAACCAUCUGAUGACAUUGUUGCUUGUCUUUUUCUUUCUAUAUAAAGUCAAUUAAAUGCUCUUUUUUCCUUUUUCUUCUUUUCUCUACACCUUCACAUCUUCACAUCUUCACCUUCGUCUUAAUUUACUCUUAUCAAAAUGGUUAAAACUUUAAUCCUUGUUCGUCAUGGCCAAAGUGAAUGGAACGAAAAGAACUUAUUCACUGGCUGGGUUGAUGUCAAAUUAUCUCCAAAGGGUAUUGAAGAAGCAAAAAAUGCUGGAAUUCUAUUAAAGGAAUCUGGCUUGAAACCUGAUAUCCUUUACACCUCAAGAUUAUCUAGAGCAAUUCAAACUGCCAACAUCGCUCUAGAAUCCGCUGACAGGUUAUUCUUGGAUGUAAAGAGAUCCUGGAGAUUGAACGAACGUCAUUACGGUGAUUUGCAAGGCAAAGAUAAAUCUGAAGCUUUAAACCAAUUUGGUCCUGAGCUAUUCAAAACCUACAGAAGAAGCUACGACACUCCUCCUCCACCAAUUGCUGAUGAUAAUCAAUUCUCUCAAUUCGGUGACGAAAGAUACAAUAACAUUGAUCCAAAUGUGUUACCAAAAACCGAAUCCUUGAAAUUGGUCAUCGACAGAUUAUUACCUUACUGGCAAGAUGAAAUCUCAAGCCAAUUAUUAAAUAAUAAAACCGUCUUAAUCGUCGCUCAUGGUAAUUCCUUAAGAGGUUUAUACAAACAUUUAACUGGCGUUUCGGCUGAAGAAAUCUCAGAAAUUAAUAUUCCAACUGGUAUUCCUCUAGUGUUCGAAUUAGAUGAUGAUUUGAAACCAAUAAAGGAUGCUUACUAUUUAGAUCCUGAAGCUGCUGCUGCCGGUGCUGCUGCUGUUGCUGCUCAAGGCCAAAAGAAAUAGUUUAUUAUCAAUACACAACUAGAUAGCCUAAUUAUAUAUUUAAAAUAAAUAUCUGAUUUCAUCUAUAUCAAUUCCCCUCCCCUCGUAUUUCUUUUCAUCUCCAUCUCUAUCUGCUUUUCCUGUUGUUUUCUUUCCUUU